AUGGAGGAAGACUGCGAGGUCUGCUCCUGUUCGUCUGGCGAGUUCGAGAGCGAUUCCAGCUGCUGCUCUUGUGAGACCUGCAGCUGCGACUCGGAGUCGCGCUGCAGCUGUUCCUCGCCCAGCGAAUGCUCGUCCUGCAGCUGCUCGCCGCGGAACGCGGCGCAGCCGCAGGAAGUCAAGCCCAACGACUUGGAGCAGAUCAAGACGUUCAUCGCGGACAUCGCAGGGCUCAUAAGACAGAGUAAGGAGGUGGCAAUCAAGGAGCCACCCGCGCCGGAAAAAGUGCCAGAGGAGCCGCCGAAAGCUGAAGAACCGGUGGUGGUGGUGGUGGAGAAAGCCGAGCCGGAAGAACCACCGGCACCCGUAGCUCCCGUUCAGACGCGAGACCGCGAGCUGCAACAAGAAAUCGCAGAAUUGGAAAGGAUCAUACACCACUCGGAGGCCGCGCUCAGGAACGGUUACGAGGCAAGGCCGGAGCAGCCCGUGGAGACGCCGUUGGGAGGGCACGUUCCGCACUUUGCGGCCUCGCCAUGCUCGACAGGAGCUGCGACCGCCGUGGAGAGCCCGGCGUACUACUGCUACACCAACGACCACACCGUGGGCGACCCGUUCAGCUGCGCCGAGUCGCCGAUAAGCUGCUCUGCGCAGCGUACGUGGCGCAGCGGCUUCGAGGCGCCUGCAGCCGGCGAGGAGCACUGCUUCUGCGACGAGAGCGAGGCGGAGAGCGACACCGACUACAGCCAGCUGGACCUGGACCAGCUGCACGCGAAAAUGGUGUCACUCGAUCUCAUCUCGUACAUGAAACUGGUCGAGUCGGUGCUGGACGAACGGGUGAGGUUGGCCAUCGCACAGCAGGGAGCAGAGGAGUUGCCACAUUAG